AUGUUUAGAGAACAGUAUGGAGAAUACUUAUACGAUUGUUUCUUCUACAGAUAUGCAGCCACCGGCUCAUGCAACAUAUUUGUCUUUGUUAUCACCUGGGUUUUCUUGGAGACAAGUGACGUCAACAGCGAUUCAAACCAGCUGGGGACAGGAGAUGCAACUGCUUUCACGUACGUGGUGUUCAUAGUUGUCGGCACAGGAGUUUUCUUCACGGUUGUCUUUCAUCUCGGAGUGAAAGAACCUUCACGUGACUGUAGCGUUGAAUUCGCAACCCAGUCCAGCAAACGGUCGGCUGCUAACUGGAGAGCUUGGUUUCGAGAGCCUCUGUUUUAUAAGGUUGGAGUGUUGUACAUGUGUGUCCGAGUUAUCAUCAAUGUCACACAGUGCUAUAUCCCGAUGUACACCUUAGAGACACUCGAUUUAUCCAAGCGAACUAUUGCUAUCAUGCCGUUGGUUGUGUACCUGAGUGGACUGGUAUCUACACUUUUUACCAAACCGUUGAACAAGUGCCUCGGUAGAAAGACAGUUUUCCUUGGCGGCCUUUUCAUGAUACUUGGAACAAGUAUUUGGCUUUGGCUUAUUCCUCCACACAGCAAACAGAUGUACUUUGCUAGUGUAGCGCUAGGAUAUGGAGGUUCGACACUGCUGGUGACUGUCUUAACAAUGUUGGCCGAUCUGAUUGGAAACAGCGUUGAAACUGGAGCUUUUGUAUAUGGAGCGAUGAGCUUUUUAGACAAGAUGUCUAAUGGCGUCAUUAUACAGAUCAUUCAAUUGCUUUAUCCCAAAAAUACUGAUAAAGGGUCCAGUGCUGGCGGUCUGUAUUACAGAGAGGUCAUGGUAUUCGCUUCGGGAGUGGCAGCGGUUAUCGCUCUUUUGGCUCUCGCCACGCCGGAAAAAAAGAACUUAGAUAAAGCUAACCAAGAAACACAUGGAGCCACAUCCAAUACAUGGUUACAAUCUGGUUCGUGGUCUUUAGUCUGCUCAUCAAAGGGUCCAUUUUUUGCUUCAUAUGAAUCUCCAGCUCAAUUGGUUCUAAGGAGAGAGGCAACUGAGGAUGCCUCAGAGUCUCUAGCUUUUUAUGGUUCUAUGGAGCUAUGAUGUAAUACCAGAAGAUCAAGCUUAAGGAAAUUUCCGUCUACACAGAGUUAAAAUGUUACAGUUUUCAACUCUAUUAACCCUUUGUCCCAUAAGAGUGACCAGCAUCUAACUUCUCCCUACAAUAUCGCCCCUGAAUCGCACA